AUGUCGACUGCCGCGAAGAGAUCAACAAUUUCACCCGAAGAGAGUGAUGAUGACGAGAAUGACGUUUUUCAUGAUGCCCGUUUCCCUCCCAGUGAAGAAGCACAUCUUCUCACGCAAUCCAAUACCCAAAAGUCUCAGGCGAACAAGCUUUUCUCCUCAGCACGGUACUCUGAAGCAAUAACUAUAUAUGACCAUGCGCUAUCGUUCUGCCCGAAUUACCUCGAUUUUGAAAUCGCGGUCCUCAGGAGCAACAUCGCGGCAUGCCACUUGAAGCUUGAAAACUGGAAGGCGGCUGUAGAUGCGGCUACAACGAGCAUAGAAUGCUUGAAUCGGAUUUUCCCUUCUCCGGCACCUGCGACCUCCGGAGACCACGAAGAUAAAUCCAAGCAGUCAGACCAAGGGCGGGAGGAUGCGAGCGCUGUGAUAGAACUUGACGCAGAUGGUGACGAAGAAGAUGAGGCAGAGCAGCUGAGAAGACUGAAUGAAAACGAUACUAGGAAAGAAGAUGUGAAGCGGAUCCGUGCCAAAGCAUUGAUGAGAAGAGCGAGAGCAAAAAUGGAACUUGGCGGAUGGGCGAAUCUGCAAGGAGCGGAGACUGAUUAUAAAGAGCUGAUUCAGUUAAAAGUGCUACCGCGCAAUGAUGAGCUGAUGGCGAUAAAAGCGCUGAGUGAACUUCCAGCGAAAAUCAACAUUGCAAGGGAGAAGGAGGUUGGCGACAUGAUGGGGAAGUUGAAGGAUCUUGGAAACGGAAUUCUCAAGCCGUUUGGAUUGUCGACGGAGAAUUUCAAAUUCAUAAAGGACGAAAACACAGGUGGCUACAAUAUUGCAUUUGAGAAAUGA